GAUUUUGGAUAAGAAUGAACUUUGCCUGUAACGUUAGCUGUUUUGUAUCCAAACACAUUGUGCAUCAAUAGGAGUGCUGCACAUGCUCAGUCGAGCCUGUCUGGUGUUUUGUUGUAUCAACAGGAAGCACUCCUUCUGCCUCGUCCUCUCUCCUCCAGGAGCAUGCCCUCUGAGCCUCCUCCCAGCUCUCAGGACAUGCUGACAGGACAGAGGCUGUGUCAAUCCAAAUCCCACCAGGACUCUGUCCUCUCUGCCCUUAAUCAGCAGCGCAAGGACGGACUGCUCUGCGAUGUCACCCUGGUCGCCGGGGAACAGAAGUUCCAUGCUCACAAGGCGGUCCUGGCAGCCUGCAGCGAUUACUUCCGGGCUAUGUUCAGUCUGUGUAUGGUGGAGAGUGAGGCAGAUGAGGUAACUCUCCAGGGUGUGACUAGCGUCGGACUGAAGCACGCACUGGACUUCGCCUACACAGGCCAGAUCAUGCUGGAGCCAGGAGUGAUACAAGACGUCCUGUCUGCUGGAAGCCACCUUCAGCUGCUGGAACUGCUCAGCCUCUGUUCCCACUAUCUCAUUCAGGAGCUGAACAGUUUUAACUACCUGGACCUGUACAGGCUGGCAGACCUCUUCCACUUGCCGGCCCUGGAGGAAGCAGUGGUGGGCUUUCUGGUGGAUCACCUCUCUGAGCUGCAGAAGAACAGGCAAGAGGAAGUGCUGCUCCUACCUUACCGGCUCCUCAGGGAAGUGCUAAAAAGCGACCGCCUCACCUCCCUCAGUGAGGAGGAGAUAUGGCAGUUAUUGGUGCGUUGGCUGGAGCAUGACUGCAGAUACCAGUACAUGGAGGAACUGCUGCAAAACGUGCGCUACGGCCUAAUGGAGGUCUCCGCCCUGCACCGUGUGGCCAGUAGCCACCCUCUCCUCAACUCCAGCAGCACCGUCGCCGCCCUGGUGGAGGAGGCAUUGGACUACCAUCACUCUGUAUUUGCACAGCCUUUACGUCAGACGUCCCGCACCACCCCACGCUUUCAGUCACUAACAUUAUAUAUCAUCGGCGGGCGCAAACGGGAGGUCAGCCGUGUGCGGGAGUUGCGGUUCUUCAACCCCGCCGCGCAGGAGCACACGCGUGUUGCCGGGGGUUCGAACUGGAGUGAAUUAGCACCCAUGCCUGCUGGACGGAGUCACCACUGUGUGGCUGUCAUGGGCAACUUCCUGUUCGUGUCUGGCGGAGAGGUGGAACACGCCACUGGAAGGACGUGCGCGGUGAGGACGGCGUGCCGGUACGAUCCAAGGGUGAACCGCUGGACUGAUAUUGCACCAAUGAAGGCGUGCAGGGAGCACUUUGUGCUGGGAGCUCUGGGACAGUAUCUCUAUGCCGUCGGGGGGAGGAAUGAACUGAGGCAGGUUCUGCCCAGCGUGGAGCGCUACUGCCCCAAGAGGAACAAGUGGACCUACGUGCAACCUUUCGACCGUUCGCUGUCCUGUCAUGCAGGAUGCGUGGCUGACGGGCUGCUCUGGGUCUCAGGUGGUGUCACUAACACAGCUCAGUACCAGAAUCGACUGAUGGUGUAUGACCCAGGACAGAAUCAAUGGCUAGCGCGCAGUCCCAUGUUGCAGAGGAGGGUGUACCACGUGAUGGCGGCAGUCAAAAGGCAGCUAUAUGUGCUUGGGGGGAACGAUCUAGACUACAACAAUGACCGCAUCCUGGUUAGACACAUCGACUCUUACGACAUGGACAUGGACCAGUGGACACGCUGCACCUUCAGUCUCCUCACAGGCCAAAAUGAGGCAGGAGUGUCUGUCCAUGAUGACAGAAUCUAUGUGGUUGGUGGAUAUUCCAUCUGGACAAAUGAACCCCUUGCUUGCAUUCAGGUGCUAGAUGUGAGCACCAAGGGUAAAGAGGAGGUUUUUUAUGGGCCAACGCUCCCAUUCGCUUCGAAUGGAGUGGCGACAUGUUUCUUGCCUGCACCGUACUUUACCUGCCCCAACCUGCAGACCCUACAAGUGCCACAUCACAGGAUAGGGGCUCUCUAACCUAGGAUAUUACCACAAACACACUGAACCAGUGGAAUCAUGUAAGAGCCUAUUCUACUCCCACAAAUUGUGACGGGUGGAUGGAGUGGAGUCAUCGUUGAUCAUACAUUGAUCAUGUUGAGCCAGUAUGAAGUGUUCUGAUGGAUGUGGAAACAUUCAAAAAGAAGUUCAAGAGUUUUUUUAUUGUCAAGCUUGACUGACGUUCAUGCAUUUCUGAACUGGAUAUGCACCAUGCUAAUCCAGUUUAACAAGCAGUGUGUAAAUCUGUCUGAAUGAUUUAGAGACACUUUAUGACCCAGUCCAAAAUGGUACACUUGUAGACUGUAGGUUGUCCAAUUUGUCGUUUUAACACUCUUUUACUCAACAAUCCAUGCAGAAUUAGAACAAGGGAAAAAUGCAAGGGCGGGAUUUGGGACAGGGCCGAAGUGUAAGGGACCUGUUUUCAUAGAUUCUAGAAUUCAAUCCACUCCCCACUCUGACCUUAAUGUUCUGGAACUCUAUAAUGUUGAAAUCAGCCAAACGUCAGUUUCCAUUCCAUGUAAUUUCUCAGCCUGUGACAAACUGUACUUUCUAUCAAAACUCAGGAUGAAGAAGACCGUAUUGUUUACUGAAUGUGCAUGACCACAGCUGACGACAAAUACACACACAGCAUCUUCACAAUCUGCGUCAGCAGUGGCAUCUUGCCUGUUCUCCAUCCUACCACCAAAUACUGCCCAUUCCAUAAGAAAACAUGUAAGGGCACACUUUUUUUACAUAAUGUAUCUAAUAAAUUUAUGCAGUUGUGCAAUAAUGAUUAAACUGGUGAUUUGUUUAA